UCCGCUCGUUACAUCACGGCUGCGGUAGCCGCGGUCUUCGUAGUCUCUACCCUUUACUACAUUCAGACGCCCUCUCUCCCUCAUUAUCGCCCCUCUGAAAGCUUCGAGGCUCCUUGGGAGGUUCCUGCGACUGCUAAACCAUGGGAGCGCCCUGUCGCGCCGUCGUCGCCGAUAUGGGACCAUCGCGCAGCCGAGGUCAAGGACAUGUACCGUCACGCGUACGCAGGUUACCUGCAGUAUGCUACCGGCUUCGACGAGCUCCGCCCGUUGACCAACAUGGCUGUUAACAACUUCAACGGCUGGAACGUUACGAUGUACGAUUCCCUCGACACUAUGCUGCUCAUGGGCCUUCACGAGGAGUUUGCUGCCACUCUGCCUAUAAUUGCGCAGGCUAACUUCAGCGAGAGCACCCGAUCCCCAGGAGCGAGGGGCUUGUACGCACCGUUCUUCGAGACCGUCAUCCGGUAUCUAGGCGGUCUUCUGUCGGCGUAUGCCUUGUCAGGGGAGAAGGUCCUCCUUGAGAAGGCGGACGAGCUCGCCACGCUGCUGGAGCCCGCUUUCACCGACAACGGCCUCCCGGUGUAUGGUAUAGAUACCGCAAGCGGUAAGCCGACCCUGGGUCCCAGCGGCAUUCUUGCAGAGAUCGCGUCGUGCCAGUUGGAAUGGACGUACCUCGCGCACGUCAGCGGCAGCAAGGUGCACUUCGACAAGGGAAACCGAGUCAUUCAAACCCUUGCGGAGGCCAUGGCAGACGCAGGAGGUGGCAUGUUCGCAACGAACUGGAACCUGGGCCUCGCAAGGCCCGGCGGGAGCCAGAAGUCAGUGGGGGCUGCGGCAGAUAGCGCACAUGAGUACCUCCUCAAGCAGUUUCUGCUGACCGACAAGAACGACAUGGCUAACCUCGAGAUGUACCUCCUCAGCAUGAACGAAGUUCUCACCCGCCUCCUCUACGUCACGCCGAAUCGCGAACUGCUUUUCGUCACAGACGUGUCCGGCAACAAGUUCUGGCCCUCGCGCAACUUCGAGCAUCUUUCCUGCUUCUUCCCCGGGCUCCUCGCUCUGGGCGCACACAUGCUCCCCCUGAACCUCUCCAUCAUCGACGUGCACAAACUGAGCCCCGAAGCGCAGCGGCAGUACCGCCUGCUCGAGCGCUACGACCUCCGCGAGCUGCACAUGGCCGCCGCCGAGGGGCUCGCGACGGCGUGCUGGCUCAUGUACGCGGACAUGCCGUCCGGGCUCGGGCCCGAGAUCGUGGCGAUGGACCCGCGGAGCAGGCCGUGGAUCGACGCGGUCGAGGAGUGGCGCGCGCGCGGGGCGGUGGGACAGAUGCCGGGCUUGCGGGCGAACAAGCCGAUCUUAUAUACGCGGCCGGCGAAGGCGAAGGUGGUCGAGGGCCCGUGGGAUUAUGCGAUUAAGAGGGCGGAGUACUUCUUGAGGCCUGAGACGAUCGAGUCGAUCUAUAUCAUGUGGCGCACGACCGGCGACCCUGCGUGGCGGGAGCGAGGAUGGGCUAUCUUCCAGGCCAUCGAGAGGGAGUCGAAGACGCCGUCGGGAUAUGCGAGCUUGAGAAACGUGGCGGAGUCGCCUGCAGAGCAGACGGACGACCAGCCGAGCUACUUCCUUGCCGAAACGCUGAAGUACCUCUACUUACUGUUCACUAACGACGACCCUGUGCCGCUCGAUAAGUGGGUCUUCAAUACGGAGGCCCAUCCUCUUCCGGUUUUCUCCUGGAGCGAUUGGGAUACACAGCGUAAAUGA